GGUACCCUUCUCACCAUGUCGAAUCGAUCAGGCCGGUCACUUCUGUUGCCCACACGUCUUCAUCUAGCAAAGAGACAAAAUAGGUGUGCUCGUUGGUUUCUCUUGGGGACUAAGGGAGGGCUGCGUUCGGUGCGUUCGGUGCUUAACCGAUGCUUCCUUCCGGAACCGUUGUUGAGGGCCAAAACACCUUUGACAGAACUGCCCUCCUUGUAUCCGAUUCUACCGAUCAAGUCAUAACUUCGAUCAUCCCUUAUCACCACAUCUGGAAUGGACGUUUGAACGAGAUACACGCAUGGCUUCACGCGACGUUGACUAGUCAACUUGGAUGACUGGAUGUCCUCAAUCCGCAUGUUGCCGAUGGAGAUAUGGCGUUGAAACAGCAUGCCUUGUUGGGUCAAGGCACAGAGCCCUUCCGACAUGUGAUCAACGACCUUCUCGGGUUUCACCGAAAGCCGUUGCCACUCGAAAUGGCCGUCCCAGGUCGGCAUAUAAGGUGUACCUCAACCCUCCCUUUAUCUUCACUAGACUAUCAAACUCAACCUCUUCACACCGUACCCGAGCCAGACGAUAAGAUACAGCGCUUCCUCGUCACUCUUCUCGCUCUCGCUAGCCUUGGCGUCCAGGCCAUUCCCGUUACCGAAUCGCAUGCUUACAAGCGCGAGGUCGUCGGCCAUUCUUAUACACUUGACAACGUCGAGGAUAGCGGUACCUACAAGCGCGAGGUCGGCCACUCCUACACACUUGACAACGACGAGGACAGCGGUGCUUACAAGCGCGAGGUCAUUGGCCACUCCUACACGCUCGACCACGAUGAGGAUAGCGGUACCUACAAGCGCGAGGUUGGCCAUUCCUACACGCUCGACAACGACGAGGACAGCGGUGCUUACAAGCGCGAGGUUGGCCAUUCCUACACACUCGACAACGACGAGGACAGCGGUGCUUACAAGCGCGAGGUCAUCGGCCACUCCUAUACGCUCGACCACGACGAGGACAGCGGUACCUACAAGCACGGCUUGCCUGUGCCACCGGCCCAUUUGUACCCGGCCGAUGCGGAUGAGCCUUUCAAGCGCACCACUGACGCGUAG